AUGGAGGUCGCCGGCGUACAACAGCCUUCCGCCUCGAACGGUGACCACGCCAUGGAUGCGUCAAUGGAUAUCGACAUGGACCUCGACCUUGGUCCAUUACCGGAAGCCGAGGCAAUCGAAACUGACCCAAUGGGCGGAACAAUUCCCUUUCAAGAUGGAGCCGUAGAUCCCCAGUCUUCAGAAGCCCAGUACGAGAAAGUACACGUCAGAGGUGUCGACGAAUUGACGACGGAUAAUAUCAAGCAAUUUGCGAACGAGCACUUCACCCUCGAAGCUCCUUCCCGAGUCGAAUGGAUCGAUGACACAUCGGCAAAUCUCAUCUACUCCUCGCCUGAAAUCGGUCUGCAGGCUUUGUCGGCCCUUACGCAGGCUAGUGAAGAAGAAGAUACGUCUGAAUUACCGGCGCUGCGACUCCGAUCCGCUAAACUCCUCCCUUCCCACCCCGAUUCCGUACUCCAGGUGAGAUCGGCCGUGAAGAGCGAUCGCAAGAAGCCCCGCGCCCAUGAAGCCAGUCGUUUCUAUCUUAUGCACCCUGAACACGAUCCUCGCGAGCGUCUGCGACGGGAGUUCGACGAUAGACGACGCCAAGGUGGCGGGGACGAUGGGGAUUACAGGCGGAGACGGUUCGACGGCCGGGAGCUGCGGCGACGGAGGGAUCGUGACGGAGAUGAAAUUAUUAGCGCUAAUAUGUAUGACGAUUCGGGGGCAGCUAGCACGGAUUAUUCCGAGACGGGAAGAGGUCGCGAUGAGCGAGGUCGACGCCGGGACCGGGACCGGGACCGGGAACUGUUUCCAUCGGAUGAAGGACGUCCUUCAGGGCGCCUUCAGAAUCGCAGUGCUUCUCCAGGUCGCGAUACGUUGAUGGAGAGCGGGUAUUCGGAGCAUGAUCGUCGCGACUCGCGCAGGCACUUCCGCGAGAGGUCGCCUCAGAUCGAUCGCCGGAAUAAAGGCAAGGAACUCUUUCCAUCUUCGAAAUCUUCCGGUGCCGAGGCUGAUGCCGAUGCCGACUCGCGAGAGCUAUUCCCGAAUAAACCAGCGGCCAGUUAUCUCAAGAAGGAGCUGUUCCCCAGUAAGCACAGCAAUCACCGUCGGUCGGAUGCCAUUGAUGCUGCGGAUGAAACGGCCGAUCUAUUCUCGAAGAGAAUCUCAGUCCCUCUUGUGGAUGGUUCUCGCGAUCAACGACGGAACAAAAACGUCGAGCUUUUCCCAGAGUCUGAGGAGAGGGGGGUCAAUAUCCGUGGAGCCGCUGGCCCAGACCAAGGGUUCUCGAUUCGUGGCGCGGCAAAUGGUCUCUCAAUUAAAGGACGAGGCGCAUCGGUUCGCGAGCUCUUCCCAUCCAAGUACAAAUCCAACGCUGGCAAGGAGCUGUUCUCGGAUAAGAUAGAGGGCCGAGGAGGGCCACGACGGAGGGCGGAGGAUAUGUUCAGCUGA